AUGGCUCCACCGACACCAAUGAAGGCCGAUGAACUGGCAGCACUCUGCGCGGCAACAGCAGUAUGCUGUGCGGAUGUCAAUGCUUCUUUUAUUGCCAAGAAGCGAAAUGGACAACACCCAACAAAGAGUGCAUCGGAAGGCAAGGAGGUGAUGGAAUGCCAUAAUUCAGUAAAGGCGGAUUUGAUGGCUGGACCCUGUGCUGAACUCUACGCGGAGCACUAUGCCUGUGUCAAGAAAGCUGGGUGGACGGAAUCUGUAAAGGCAUGCAGAUUUUCCCAGGCAAAGGUCGCCGAGUGUGCUGUCCGCGAGGGUCUAGGCGAACUGAAACAAAAAUCAUAA